CUCGCACAGGCGCCUUGCUUUCACUGUAACCGGUAGUCGUUAAAGUGCGUUCCGGACCAACCUCGUGAUGGAGACGGAUAGUUGUUUGUCUUUCUCUUCGCAGCCAAACCGGACACCACCAGAGAACUCACCGGGUUUGGAACAGCAUAGUUCCUCGGGUUCGUUUCUUCCCUGUGACGAACUUCAGAAAAACGCACACCUUCCUCUCGCGCACCGUCUGAGUCUCCGGGAUCAGGGUGACUUCUACAGCUCGAGCUCCAUGGGACGAUUUAAUGACGGCGCACCCGCGGACUUUACGCACGGGGCAGCUCCCACGAACCCUCGCGCCUCGCCCAACAAACACAGCAAAUAUAUGGAAAAUAUUAAUCAGGAUCAAAAUGGUUUAUCAAUAAGCGGGAAGGGCUCGUUUUAUGAAAACAACUCCGAGGCCAGAGAGAAGGUGGGUCCCAAGCCCAUGGGCUACCCAGUGAUUGGUUCAGACUUCUGCAUCAAGCUGAAGGAGCCAACCAAUGGUCUCCAAACAGGGGACUCAAUCGCAGACUCCAUCGACCUAUCGGGCAAGAACAAGAAGCGUCGUAACCGUACCACGUUCAGUACGUUCCAGUUGGAGGAGCUGGAGAAGGUGUUUCAGAAGACUCACUACCCUGAUGUUUACGCCCGGGAACAGCUGGCCCUUAGGACCGAACUCACAGAGGCCCGUGUACAGGUCUGGUUCCAGAACCGACGGGCCAAGUGGAGGAAGAGGGAACGCUACGGGAAGAUCCAGGAGGUGCGAAACCACUUUGCUGCUACGUAUGAUAUCUCCACCUACCAGAUGCAGAGCAACCUGUGGCCAGGCGCUGGUGCAGGAGGGGGCGGGGGGUCCGGCGGGGGCUGUGUCCUGAGCCCUGACACCAUGUCUUCCUCUUGUAUGAGCCCCUACCCCCAUCCCCACAGCAACCUCUCCUCCAUGGGCUUCAUGGGCAUGCCCCCGUCCUCCAGCCACCCCCACCACCCUCACCAUCACCCCCCACACCACCCUAGCAUCAAUAGCCUCUACUCUCUCCACAGCUUCCCUGGGGCCCUCGGGGGCCACUCCUUUGAGCCAGGGCCCGAGACAGAGUAUAAGCCAUCCAGCCUGUUGGCCCUGCGGAUGAAGGCUAAGGACCCUGGGAGUCUUCUAUCCUGGCCUACAUGAUCACCACAGUGUCAGGGCCCUACUAUGUACUGACUGAGCCAAUGUACACACACACAUUCAAACUCAAUCUUGUAUACUAGCUACGCCAUGGAUAGUUAUGGCCACAUGUGUUUGUGUUGCUGCAUGUUGAUAACAGAAGAAGUCAAAACUCUCUCCUGUGGUUCACUAUAAUAUGUAUACACACACUCUGCUAUUUCUCUCCCGAAAACUUAAACCCACAGACUUCAAAACAUGACACGAUAAACAGUUUGAGUUUGUUAGGUAUUUUGUUCCUGGGCAUUUCCAUUUAAAAAGGACCAACAUGUAAAAGUUAAUACGAACAGGUAAAACUGGGUGUCAAAUGAAAACUAAGAGUCUAUAUUUUUGGGGAAAUGAAUGCAUAGAAACCAUUUUCCAUCUUGAACAUUUGUCAUAAAGUAAAGGCUUUGAUUUCUGGACAAAGGGGGUCUUAGAAAACAUC